CUCCACAUGAUUGUCAAUGCCACGCCAACCCUUAAAUACCAAGCUUCUCCCCCAAAUCCCACUCCCUCACUACUUACACCAUAGUGACACGUACGAUUAUCAUUGCACCACACACACUCGAGCCAGGGCCGAGCACAGAAGCAAUCGCCGAGGCGAACGCGAGCGAGGGCACUAAGCUAUAGACAGAUGAGGUGUCCGCUGCACUCGCUGGGGAUCCUGCUCCUCCCGCUGCUUCUCGCGCUCCGGCCGCCGGCAGCGGACGCGCUGUCGCCGGACGGGCUGGCGCUGCUGGCCUUCAAGUCGGCGGUGACGGACGACCCGUCCUCCGCGCUCUCCUCCUGGUCCGACGCCGACGCCGACCCCUGCGGCUGGGUGGGCGUCACCUGCGCCAACACCUCCUCGGGCGGCCCGCGCGUCGUCGGGCUGGCCGUCGCGGGGAAGAACCUCUCCGGCCACGUGGCCGCCGAGCUCGGCUCCCUCCCGCUCCUCCGCCGGCUCAAUCUCCACGGGAACCGCCUCACGGGCGCCGUCCCGCCCGCGAUCGCCAACGCCACCUCCCUCCGCUCCCUCUUCCUCUACGACAACCGCCUCGCGGGCCCGCUGCCCGCCGCCGCGCUGUGCGCGCUCCCCAGGCUGCAGAACCUCGACCUGUCCCGGAACGCGCUCGGCGGCGCGCUGCCGGCGGAGCUCGCCCGGUGCGGCCAGCUGGAGCGGCUGCUGCUCGCCGAGAACGCGCUGUCGGGCGCGAUGCCGGCGGGGGUGUGGCGCGGGAUGCCGCGGCUGCAGAUGCUGGACCUGUCGUCCAACAACCUCUCCGGCGCCGUCCCGCCGGAGCUCGGCGGGCUCCCCGCGCUCGCCGGCACGCUGAACCUCUCACGCAACCACCUCUCCGGCGGGGUGCCGCCCGAGCUGGGACGGCUGCCGGCCACCGUCACGCUCGACCUCCGCUUCAACAACCUCUCCGGCGAGAUCCCGCAGUCGGGGUCCCUCGCCAGCCAGGGCCCCACCGCGUUCCUCAACAACCCGGCGCUCUGCGGCUUCCCUCUGCAGGUCCCCUGCCGCGCCGCGGCCCCGUCGUCGUCGUCCCCGCCGCCCCUGCCGUCCUCCGCCGCGUCCAGCGGCGGGGCCGGGGGAGGCCCCCGGCAGCCGGUCAGGACCAGCCUCAUCGUGCUCAUCUCGGUCGCCGACGCGGCGGGCGUCGCGCUCAUCGGCGUCGUCGCGGUCUACGUGUACUGGAAGGUCCGCGACCGGCGCCGGGCCGCCGGCAACGACGCCAAGGACAAGGGAGAUGACGAGGAGGAAGGGCGUGGCCUGUUCCCGUGCCCGUGCCCGUGCAUGCGCGCCGACGCGUGCGCGGACUCCUCCUCUGAGUCCUCCUCCGACGACGGCGGCGGCAAGUGCAACGGCGGUGGAGGGGGAGCAGGGGAGGCCGGCGGGGAGCUGGUGGCGAUCGACAAGGGGUUCAAGAUGGAGCUAGACGAGCUGCUCCGCUCCUCGGCGUACGUGCUGGGGAAGGGCGGGAAGGGGAUCGUGUAUAAGGUGGUGGUGGGCAACGGGACGACGCCCGUGGCCGUGCGCCGGCUGGGCGGCGGCGCCGCGGCGCCCGAGCGGUACCGGGAGUUCGCGGCGGAGGCCGCCGCCGUCGGGCGGGUGCGCCACCCCAACGUCGUGCGCCUGCGCGCCUACUACUGGUCUGCCGACGAGAAGCUCGUCGUCACCGACUUCGUCAACAACGGCAACCUCGCCACGGCGCUGCGCGGCCGGUCCGGGCAGCCGAGCCUGUCGUGGUCGCUGCGGCUGCGGAUCGCCAAGGGCGCGGCGCGCGGGCUGGCGCACCUCCACGAGUGCAGCCCGCGCCGGUUCGUCCACGGCGAGGUCAAGCCCUCCAACAUCCUCCUCGACGCCGACUACAACGCGCUCCUCGCCGACUUCGGCCUGGCGCGCCUCCUCACCAUCGCCGGCUGCACCGACGUCUACUCCAUCGCGGGCUCCGGCGGCAUCAUGGGCGGCGCGCUACCCUAUGCCAGGCCCGCCGCCCUGGCGGACAGGUCCGGCGCGUACCGCGCCCCCGAGGCCCGCGCGCCGGCGGGGGCCGGCGCGCGGCCGCCGAGCCAGAAGGCCGACGUGUACUCGUUCGGCGUCGUGCUGCUCGAGCUGCUCACCGGGAAGGCGCCCGAGCAUGGCUCGCCGUCCUCGUCGGCGUCCUUCCUGCCGGAGCAGCAGCAGGAGGCGCCGGAGCUCGUGAGGUGGGUGCGGCGGGGGUUCGAGGACGCGCGGCCGCUGUCGGAGCUGGCCGACGACGCCGUGCUGCGGGACGCCGGCGCACGGAAGGAGGUGAUCGCGGCGUUCCACGUCGCGCUCGGGUGCGUCGAGGUGGACCCGGAGCGCCGGCCGCGGAUGAAGGCCGUGUCCGACAGCCUCGACAAGAUCGGGGCGUGACCUGUCCACUGCUGGGUCUAAAUGGUUCUAGAGUAAUUCUGUAUUUUCCCCCGUAAUUAUACCUAUCAUUAUUGCUCUUCCCUUUGUUUAUUUUUUUCGUUUUCUCCCACUGGAUGCAAUGAUUGUAGAGAUAUACUGCACGGGAGCGGAUUUGCCUUGAUGUCCUCAGUCUUGUGCAGUUGCAUUUCUUAGUUGGCUACAUGAGUUGUGAGCUUGUUGGUCA